CCUCUUGAUCUGGCAGAGAAGGAGUGAAGUCGGUCCAUCUCCCAAAGCGAAAACGCCGAAAACACAGAACACCAGGCCCGAAAAAUGUCAUUGAAAACGCAAUCACAUCUCUUCGGAAGCACAAGCUCCCUAGGCGCAGCAUCCAGCCUGCUGCCCACGGCCCUCUCGCGUGAAAUGUCCCGGGACAGGCUGGCAGGCGAGGCAGCCAAAUUGAAGAAACCGAAGCUGUCCUCAUUAAGCAACCUGGUCAGCCAGCGCGACUCGUCUGCGACGGGCCAAUUGGCGCCGCGGCCAGGAAUUCCUCUCAAGGCAUCAUCGGAGGUAUACAGCGUGAAAUUCUCGCUAAACGACGAGUAUAUUGCAUCGGGCCUAGGGGACUCCAAGAUACUGAUCAUCUCAACCCAAACGGGCGAGCCACUCAACCUCCUAACCCCAACAACACUGGACACCUACCUUCCCUGCACAUCCCUCGCCUUCCGUCCCGACAGCAACGCAUACAAAAACAAAAACGUCCUGGCCGCUGCAUAUGCAUCCGGCCACAUCAUCCACUGGCACACGACCUCCAACCAGAUCAUCUCGACCAUCGACGAGGGCGAUCAUCAGACCCAGUGUGUGGUGUACAACAACGCCGGCACGAAGUUUGCGACGGGUGGGAGUGAUUGUAAUGUUAGGGUGUAUGAUGGUGUGCAGAUGAAGGAGGUCGUUAAGAUGAAUACCGGCACCGGCGGCGCCAUCCCCGAAACCGCCGGCCACUCCAACCGCAUCUUCACCGUCAAAUUCCACCCCACUUCUCCACACAUCCUCUACAGCGGCGGCUGGGACAACACGAUCCAAAUCUGGGACACCCGCUCGCAAAAAUCCAUCCGGAGUAUCUACGGCCCGCAUAUUUGCGGCGACGCACUCGACCUCCUUCCCAAUUCCGAUCUUCUCCUCACCGGAUCAUACCGCAAGGACUCCCCCCUGCAGCUAUGGUCGUUCGACGAAGGCAGGGUGGUGGAGACGUUGGCGUGGACGUUACCGGAAACUCCCGGGGAGGCGGUACCCGGGUCGUUCUUGUAUUCGGCUAGUUUUAGCAAGAGUGGGAAGUAUGUGCUUGCGGCGGGGGGUAUGAUGAAUCAGGUUAAGUUGUUUAGUUUGGCGCUGAAGAGGCCGGUCGGGAUGGUCGUCAACCUCCCCGCGACCGUCUACUCCGCCGCUAUCAGCUAUAAGGAGAAAACGGUCGCGUUCGGGGGCGCCGAUGGCGGGCUGUGGAUCUAUGAUGUUGAUACCAACGGGCUUACGGAUUUCGUGUAUUGAGUUGUUGGGGAGGCUCGAUGGUGUUUUGGGUAUUGUGGGUGGACGGAUGUGAUUGCUGAGCAACGGGGGAGACAGACAGGACCUGGUUGAUUGAGAACCAUCUCCAUGUAUAGAUGAU